GGAGACCAUUAUUGUAAACAAUGCACGAAUCAGUGGCACAUUUUAGCUCCUGACCCCCUGCGGCAAAUAACACUACUCGUAGAGCCUUCAUAGAAACAAUAAUGGCUACUAGCUUGCGCGUCAUAGUUGGAAUUAUAGGAUCUGUAGUCUGCGUGCUCCUCUAUGCAGUUCCAGCAUUGACAUUUAAGAGAGUCAUCAAGGAGGCCAGUGUGGGAGAAUUCUCAUGCUUACCAUAUAUCCUAGCUCUUUUCAGCGCCCUCACAUGGGGCUGGUAUGGCUUUCCAGUAGUGAGUAAUGGGUGGGAGAACCUGUCACUCUUCGGUACCUGCGCUAUCGGAGUACUCUUUGAGCUCUCAUUCAUCAUCAUAUACAUAUGGUAUGCACCAAGAGAGAAAAAGAAGUUUGUAGUGCUAAUGGUAUCUCUGAUUCUGGCAAUCCUCUGCGUGAUUGUAUCCUUCUCAAUCUUUACGUUCCACACGGAGCAUAUGCGCAAGCUAUUUGUUGGCAGUAUUGGUAUCGUAACUUCCAUGUCGAUGUACAGUGCUCCGCUUGUAGCUGUGAAACAAGUUAUGAAGACGAAAAGUGUGGAGUUCAUGCCUUUCUACUUGUCGCUGUUUUCUUUAUUAACUAGUUUAAUGUGGACGAUAUAUGGAAUCCUAGGAAGGGAUCCCUAUCUCACUGCACCAAACAGCGUCGGGUGUUUAACUGGAAUCCUUCAGUUGGUUGUGUAUUGCAUUUACAGCAGAUGCAAGGAUCCACCAAAAACACACGAUGAUAUUGAGCAGGUAAUAAGCGAGUUGGAAGUGGCAACUACUCUUGGAGACACAAAUGGAUGUAAGCCUUAGCUCGAAGGCCUGUUCUUUUCUUAAUUAAGAAACUGCCUUGUUGUAUUCCUGCAAUUCUAGCAGAGAGAUUCAAUGGUAGUAUUUGGAUACGCAGCAGUUAUCUAUUUCUGGAACUGCUUUGAUGCUAUUUCUCUUGGUGCAUUUUCACAGCACAAACGCUGUGUUUGUAAAACUAGUUUCCUCAAAGAAAUCAAUGCGCACCUGCAAUCAGUUCCUCUA